UUCCCCCGCCCCCAGAGGUGUAGUGCAUUGUGGGAAAUAAGUCGGCAGUGGUUCCAGAGCUGUUCCAGCAUCAUAUUAUAACUAGAUAUCGAAAUAGUGCAAAGUAGAGACACAAUGGAGCUAAAUGCAUAUUUCAUAUCACAGCGUUGUUGAAGCUGCUUUCGAAAACCUUGCCGCACGCCCACGCCGGCGUGUGCAGAAGCCUCCUGUCACCCCAGACUCCCAGCAAAAUGCCUUACUGGAGAUGUAUACAGUAUUUGUAAUACACUAAGAGUCCAUGUUUACAUUCCAAAUGUGAAAGGAAACUUUUUGGGGAAAAGAAAAAAACAAGAUUUUCAUACAGAAAGCCUGCACACAGCAGACACAUUUGGAAAGCCAACCUGCCUACUGACUUCCUUCCUUUUUCUACACUCAACUCGUCUCUUCUCCCACCCUCUGGUGGGUGACUGCCUAACAUGAGAUUCCGAAUCUACAAGAGAAAGGUGGUGAUACUGACGCUGGUGGUGGUCGUUUGUGGCUUUGCUGUGUGGAGUAACGGGAGCAAACAGAGGAAGGUGGCCGUCAUCCCCAAAGAGGGUGAUCCGGCCAGGAGCAGUAGCAGCAGCAGCAGCAGCAGUAGUAGUAGCAGCAGCAGCAGCAGUAACAACAACAACAAUCAGGCCCAAGCCCAGCCACAGCCCCAGCCCCAGGCCCAGGCCCAGGUCCAGGUGCAGGUACUGACCACGGUGCCAGUCAGCAGAAGGCCGGCCAACGAGACGCCCGUGGAGAAGGUGGCCAAGCCGGAGGUGGACAACACCACGCUGGUGUACCGCAGCAUUGUGUUCCAGCUCAACUUCGACCAGACCAUUCGGAACGAGGAAAAGUUCCGGAAAGUGCGGCAGAAGGACGACCUGGUGGUGGUGGUGCAGGUGCACAACCGGCCCGAGUACCUGCGCCUCUUGGUGGACAGUCUGAGAAGAGCACGCGGCGUGGAGAGCAUUCUGCUGAUAUUCAGCCAUGACUACUGGUCGCCGGAGAUCAACCAGGUGGUGGCCUCCAUCGACUUCUGCUCCGUACUCCAGAUCUUCUUCCCCUUCAGCGUCCAGCUGUACCCCCAGGAGUUCCCAGGGAACGACCCUAAGGACUGUCCCAGGGACAUCCCCAAGAAUGACGCACUAAAGAUGGGCUGCAUCAAUGCAGAUUACCCAGACUCCUUCGGACACUACCGCGAGGCCAAGUUCUCCCAGACCAAGCACCACUGGUGGUGGAAGCUGCACUUCGUGUGGGACAGAGUCAGAGUCUUGAAGGACCACCAGGGACUGGUCUUGCUGAUCGAGGAGGACCACUACAUGGCUCCUGACUUCUACCACGUCCUAAAAAUGAUGGUCCCCCUGAAGAGGGAGCAGUGCCCCGACUGCAACGUGCUGUCCUUGGGCAGCUAUGGCCACAUCGGCUACUCCAGCAAGGCCAACCGCGUGGAGGUAAAAGCCUGGAAGUCUACUGAGCACAACAUGGGCAUGGCCUUCUUCAGGCAGACUUACCAGCAACUCAUCCAGUGCACAGACGCCUUCUGCAUAUACGACGACUACAACUGGGACUGGUCCCUGCAGCACCUGACCGUCACCUGCCUACCGGCCUUCUGGAAGGUGAUGGUGUGCGAGGCGCCCCGGGUGUUCCACGCCGGCGACUGCGGCAUGCACCACAAGAAGAGCGCCUGCAUGCCCACCGGCCAGAAGACCAAAAUCGAGAACAUUCUCCAGACCAGCGGGAACCAGAUUUUCCCCAAGAGCCUGCUCAUAACCAAGAGACUGCCGUCCAACGGGGCCGGGGGAGUGGCCCCCCACGUCAAGAACGGAGGCUGGGGGGACAUCAGGGACCAUGAACUCUGCAAGAGCUACUUGCGACUACAGUGACCUUAUCUGACCUUUGUUUGUUUGUUUGUUUGUUUGUUUGAUUGUUUUUUGCAUCCUCUUUAACAGAAAGCCUUUAAAAGAAUCCUUUUCUUCAUAUUGCCUGUUUUAUUGGACUGUUCCAAAUAAAAGUAUGUGGGUUUGG